GAGGGGCGCUUUGUCAGGAAGGAAUAUCAUUACUAUCACCACCACCGGCUCUGGAGUAAACACGCUUUUUUCCGCCCUCGUCGGCACGGACCCGGACAUCCAGUUUCUAUCGGGAAAACAAAGGGGGUGGAUGUUAUUUAGUAGCUCCUUGCACUGUUUUUCUUCCCCCAUCAGCCGCACUGAUUUAUUUGCACUGACCCAAUUGUCUUUGAAAACCGGGUCCGGUGCCUCUCCCCUCCUCCUCCCCUCUCCUUUCUUUCUCCCCUGAUCACUCCUUCUUUGCCCUCCUUCCUUUUGACUUUUAUCCGAUUCUGCAACGCUGCGAAGUCGCUAAGAUGCCCAGCUCCCUCUUCGCCGAUAGCAGCGUCCAGGGAGAUGCACUGGACGACCAGAGAGCCCUGCAGAUCGCACUAGAUCAGCUCUCCCUGCUCGGCUUGGAUAACGACGAGAGCUCCCUGUACGACAAUAACCAGGAGCCCCGGAAAAAGAGCGUCAACAUGACUGAAUGCGUCCCGGUUCCCAGCUCCGAGCAUGUGGCUGAGAUUGUAGGCAGACAAGGUUGCAAGAUCAAAGCACUGCGAGCGAAGACCAACACCUACAUCAAGACCCCAGUUCGAGGCGAGGAGCCUGUUUUUGUGGUUACAGGAAGGAGGGAGGAUGUGGCUAUGGCUAGGAGGGAGAUCAUCUCUGCGGCUGAGCACUUCUCCAUGAUCCGAGCCUCGAGAAACAAAAACACCACCCUGAAUGGGAGUGGCACCCAAGUCCCUGGACCACCUAACCUGCCUGGACAGACCACGAUCCAGGUGCGGGUGCCUUACCGCGUGGUGGGGUUAGUUGUAGGCCCCAAGGGUGCCACCAUCAAGCGUAUCCAGCAGCAGACCCACACCUACAUCGUGACACCCAGUCGAGACAAGGAGCCAGUGUUUGAGGUGACAGGGAUGCCAGAGAAUGUGGAUCGAGCACGCGAAGAGAUUGAAGCCCACAUCGCCAUGAGGACAGGAGGCCUUAUUGAGCUUCAGGAUGAAAAUGACUUCCAUGCCAACGGGACUGAUGUGGGUUUUGAUUUGCAAGGGCAUGCCACCCUGUGGUCCAAGCCCAGCGCUGGGAUGACCCCCACCUCAGUGCGUAAACCCUUCUCCAACUACCGCAACGACUCGUCCUCCUCCCUGGGCAGUGCCUCCACAGACUCCUACUUUGGUAACAACAGCUCACGCAUGGCUGACUACAGCCCUCCCAGCCCCGCACUCAGCUACACCACCAACAACAACAAUGGCAACAACAAUAACAACAACAUCAAUGUCAACGGCAAUGAUUUUGUUUACGAAAGUGAGGUGAUCUCGCCUGAUUGCACUGAUCUGACUUUUGAUUCCUCACCCGGGUUUGACCCUACGCAAGCCCCACCGAGCCUCCUGUGGUCCCAGUAUGAUAGUCGCACGACCCCUUCCUCCACUGGAGGCAGCUCCCCCACCGCCAACUCAGCCAUGUUCCCCACCAACACCUCCGCUAAUGCCAAUGGGAUUGUGGUGAGUCAGAGAAGGGUUAAUGGAUGUACUCCACAGCCCAGACUGUCACCUCCACUCCAUAGCCACACUGGAGGACCCACUGAGCACCCAUUAGCCCGGAGGGUGCGCAGUGACCCGGGCGGAGGCCCGCUCAGUUUCCCUGGUUACUCCAGCACCAUCGCCUCCCUGCCAGGCCCUCACCUACCUGGAGUUCCAUGCGACUCCUCCGCCUCAUCCACUUCCUCCUCUUCCUCUUCCUCCUCCUCCACCUCGUCUGGCACCAGCCGAAAAGGCAGCCGCGACUGUUCGGUGUGCUUUGAGAGUGAGGUCAUUGCAGCCCUGGUCCCCUGUGGGCACAACCUCUUCUGUAUGGAAUGUGCCAAUCGAAUCUGUGAGAGGAACGAGCCCAAAUGCCCUGUCUGCCACACGGGCGUCACUCAGGCUAUACGUAUAUUUUCAUAAGAAGUGUAACUCUUUGACUAUCUUGUCAGUGAGACUGGCUACAAUAGCAACAACAGACUCUUCAUGCCGCUUUAAUGGGAUUACCCAAUCAUCAUUUGGAAAGUGUACAUAGAUAUACAUAUGUAUGUAAGAGGCUGCAGUAUCCAGAAGAAGGGACAGACGCCCUCUUUGGGCUUAGUCACUGCUGACUGGGGUGCCGUCGUUGUUAAUAAUAUACUGUAGCUUGGGGAAAUAUUUUCAACAUCUAAGUGCAUGUUUUAAAUAGUAAUCAAUAGUUCUAGUAAAUUGUAUUCUAUAUUUAUGAAGUGAAGAGAGACAGUAGGGUCAGGACAGAGGUAAGUGGGUCAAACUGUGGACUGUUAGCAGGCUGAGCCUUACAGUUUUGCCAAUUGAAUGUAGGAAGAGGGGAGGGCCAUGCUGGGAAACAUGGAGGGCUUCCAGCCAAACAGGACUAUUGACUUACAAAGAUACUGCAGCUUGUGGUCAAACACUACGUGAGGGAGAGCAACAACAUAUCCUACAUAUAUAUGUAUAGAAUAAAUUUCCACAAGUUGAAAGUUUUAAAUGACAUUAAUACAGAUUGAAGUAUUUUAUUCUUUUUUGACUUGAAAGAUUAUAUUUCUUAUUGCAAAGAUGUUUACAGAUAUUUUAAUUUAAGUUCAGUGAACUUUUUGUAGCUGGGUUGAAAUAGUGUUUAUUUUUUAGUAUGGCCUUAUGGCAUUGAUCACUGUAUUAUUUUAAUAUCACAUUACCGUGGGAGGAAAUCCAAGUCCACAAAAUGUGUAUUGCAUUUGACAGUAUUCUGUUGGGGUGGAGUUUUUAUAGUUUCAGCAAAAAAUGUCUUUUAAAUCUGCUUCACCCAGCAUAUUUUUUAUUCAGUAAGAUAAAGUAUAUUUUAUUCUAUAUUAUUAUGAAACAUGGAAAUAUACAAAACUUAGUAAGUUGAACACAAAGAAACCGUUAAUGCUUUCUAAAAUUUGUAUGAAUUAGAUUCCAGUGGGAAUUACAGGCUUCUGUUGCACCACUAUAGUUUUAGUAUUUCUAUUUUAAUACAUUUGUUUACCACUUGUUUAUGUAUAUGUAGGUGAAGUUACUUGAGCAUAAAUGUACUUUAUUGAGCAAAGUUUAAGAACAAAGUAUAUUUUAUUUUAUGAUAAAGGGCCUUUAACCUCAUGGUCAAAUACUAAUAUUAUAUUUGCUGAGACAAGAUUUGAAAAUGUAUCAAGAGUUUUAUUUUUCUGACAUUUAAAGUUAUACAUUAUA